GGGGCGGGAGGCAGGCGGGACCCAGCCCCGCCGCCAGCCCCACUUUUGUGGUGCCGCCGCCGUCGCGGUCUCCCCUUUCUCCGCGGGGCUGGCCGCGGGGCGGGCGAUGCUCCGGGCUCCCUGAGCCGCCGCACCGCGUCCCCGGCCGAGGUGCCCCGCGGAGCGGCGCGGUCAGGCGGCGGCUCCCGGCGAGCCCCGUGUCCCCCGGCCCCGCCGUCCCCGCGCCGCGCGGAGGUCGCGCAGGAUGCCGCGGAGGGGAGCGGAGGCGCCGCUGGCCCUGCUGCUGGCGGCGGCGUGGCUGGCGCAGCCCCUGCGCGGCGGCUACCACGGCGUGAGCAUGUUCGCCGUGCAGAGCGCCCAGCCCGACCCCUGCUACGACGAGCACGGGCUGCCCCGCCGCUGCAUCCCCGACUUCGUCAACUCGGCCUUCGGCAAGGAGGUGAAGGUGUCCAGCACCUGCGGGAAGCCGCCGUCGCGGUACUGCGUGGUGACGGAGAAGGGCGAGGAGCAGGUCCGCACCUGCCACCUCUGCAACGCCUCCGACCCCAAGCGCGCCCACCCGCCCUCCUUCCUCACCGACCUCAACAACCCGCACAACCUGACCUGCUGGCAGUCCGACAGCUACGUCCAGUAUCCCCACAACGUCACCCUCACCCUGUCCCUCGGCAAGAAAUUCGAGGUGACCUACGUCAGCCUGCAGUUCUGCUCGCCGCGCCCCGAGUCCAUGGCCAUCCACAAGUCCAUGGACUAUGGCAAGACCUGGGUGCCUUUCCAGUUCUACUCCACGCAGUGCCGCAAGAUGUACAACAAGCCGAGCCGCGCCGCCAUCACGAAGCAGAACGAGCAGGAGGCGGUGUGCACCGACUCGCACACCGACGUGCGGCCCCUCUCCGGCGGCCUCAUCGCCUUCAGCACCCUGGACGGCCGCCCCACCGCCCACGACUUCGACAACUCGCCCGUGCUGCAGGACUGGGUGACGGCCACCGACAUCAGGGUGACCUUCAGCCGCCUGCACACCUUCGGCGACGAGAGCGAGGACGACUCCGAGCUGGCCCGCGACUCCUACUUCUACGCCGUGUCCGACCUGCAGGUCGGCGGGCGCUGCAAGUGCAACGGGCACGCGUCGCGCUGCGUCCGGGACCGCGACGACAGCUUGGUGUGCGACUGCAAGCACAACACGGCCGGCCCCGAGUGCGACCGCUGCAAGCCCUUCCACUACGAUCGGCCCUGGCAGCGAGCGACGGCCCGGGAGGCCAACGAGUGCGUGGCCUGCAACUGCAACCUGCACGCGCGGCGCUGCCGCUUCAACAUGGAGCUGUUCAAGCUGUCGGGGCGCAAGAGCGGCGGCGUGUGCCUCAACUGCCGGCACAACACGGCAGGCAGGCACUGCCACUACUGCAAGGAGGGCUUCUACCGCGACCUCAGCAAGCCCAUCUCCCACCGCAAGGCCUGCAAAGAGUGCGACUGUCACCCCGUGGGUGCGGCCGGCCAGACCUGCAACCAGACCACGGGCCAGUGUCCCUGCAAGGACGGCGUCACCGGCAUCACCUGCAACCGCUGCGCCAAGGGCUACCAGCAGAGCCGCUCCCCCAUCGCCCCCUGCAUAAAGAUCCCGGCUGCUCCGCCCACCACGGCCGCCAGCAGCGCCGAGGAGCCCGCAGAUUGUGACUCGUACUGCAAAGCCUCCAAGGGGAAGCUGAAGAUCAACAUGAAGAAGUACUGUAAGAAGGACUAUGCUGUCCAGAUCCACGUGCUGAAGGCAGAGAAGAAUGCGGACUGGUGGAAGUUCACGGUGAACAUCAUCUCCGUCUACAAGCAGGGCAGCAACCGCAUCCGGCGUGGCGACCAGAUCCUGUGGAUCCACUCCAAGGACAUCGCCUGCAAGUGCCCCAAAAUCAAGCCCAUGAAGAAGUAUUUGCUGCUGGGCAACAACGAGGACUCUCCCGACCAGAGCGGCAUCAUUGCGGACAAAACCAGCCUGGUGAUCCAGUGGCGGGACACAUGGGCCCGGCGGCUCCGGAAGUUCCAGCAGCGGGAGAAGAAGGGGAAGUGUAAGAAAGCCUAAAGGAGGAGGAGGAGAGGGAGAGACUGACUGUGCAUGCUGCUUUGUGUAGAGCUGGGGCGGGCAGGGACCGGCUGCCAGGGCGGGCUGGGGGGACGGGGGACAGCGACCACGGCUGGGGGUGCUGGGCUUGCACCUCAUAUUCCAGGGGGGACAGAACCCAACAGGACCAAACAGAAUCCAACAGGAGUCAACAGAACCCAACAGGACCAAGCAGAAUCCAACAGGACUCAACAGAACCCAACAGGACCCAACAGGACCCAACAAGACCCAACAGGACCCAACAAAACCCAACAGAACCCCAAAGGACCCAACAGGACUCAACAGGACCCAACAGGGCCCAACAGGACCCAACAGAACUCAACAGAGCUCAACAAAACCCAUCAACACCCAACAGAACCCAACAGGGUCCAACAGAACCCAAGAAAACUCGACUGCACACACAGACAGAGCCCACAACUGGGGUGCAGGCAUGCAGCACCUGGGGCCCCCCAGCUCCCUCCUGCCCCAUUGCUGAAGAACUCAGAGACACCAAACUGCCUUCCAGCUGCCAACAUCUGCUGCCUCCAAAGCACGGCAUGGGCACAUCCACCCCGUAAGAAACUAAUCAACAGCACCGCUGGAAAUUAACUCCCCAUCCCCAAAACACGUACUUGCAACUUAGGCUGACUGAGAGAGCUAUUGUAGAGGAAACUAAACCGAGACUUUUGCUGAGGACAGACCCCAGGAUCAGCCCACGGGGUCCUGGGGGGCUGUGGAAUCCCACAGCCAUGGCCACCACCUGGGGUGCCUGGGGCUGUGAUGGUGCUCUGGGUCCACUGUAGGCACAGCCAAGAGGGGACACUGCUGGUGGGUGAGUUCCUGCUGUGCAUAACUCUGGGAAUGGCUCCGUGCUCAGCCCCCCACCCUGAGGAUGCUGCCCCAACACACUGAAGGAGUGAGAGCCCACAGGGUGCCCUGUCCUUCUCUAGCCACCCACUUACAAGGAGUCAAUAACCAGGAUCCCCAAGGAAACACCCAGACUUGACAAAAAAUGAGUUGGCAUCCAGUUCCCACAAAGUGCCCUGAAGAUCCUGCCAGUCUCAGUCCCUGAAUCUCCACUGUGGCCACCCCUGAACCUCCUCCAUGGGCUCAGUCCCCUCUGCUGCUGUCAGCACACCAGGAACCCUCAGCUGGCAGCAAAUCCCUGCAGGGGACACCAGGGUCCUGGAUGGUCACUGGUUUCACUCCCAAACCCAGAGCAGCUCUGCCCUCGCUCCCUCUGGAGCUGCAGCCCCUGACAUCCCUGUGAAGGUCUUGGAGACAAAGAGGGGAGCAGAGAGUGCCAGGGACUGUCCCCAUGGGCAUGGGGCCAGUGCAGAGCCCACCCAGGGAAGGGGUCUCAGCCAGGAGCCAGGUGUGACCCACCUGGAGCUCUCCUCCCUCUGCUGGGGGGACAACCAGCCAAUUUAAAAUUCCCAAUUUCCAGUCAUUAAUGCACUGAGCCCAGUGGAGACUGCCUCAUCUCAGACUGGAGCAUCCUCCCCUGGGGCACCCUGUGGGCAGGACUGGAUUGGGAGCUGUGAGCCCCAUGUGAGGCUGCUAUCCCCAUGCCAGGCUGCUGCCCCAUGCCAGGCUGCUCCCCUGGCACAGCAGCCCCUGGGCAAUGGGGAUUUUCAAUUCCACCUCCUCCAGGCAGAGCGGGAAUGGAUGGGCAGGAAGGCAGGGAGGGCAGGACCGUACCUGGAGGAGAGGCAAACAUUAGUCGCUAUGAAAAGCAAAACCUCCCUGCUAUUUUUCCUUUUAGGAAACUUGGAAACAUCUCUUUUAUGACAUUUUCCAGUGGUUUUGCCUUGUUUUAUAGCAAUUGACAAUAUUUAUAUAAUGACAUAAACCACCAUAAAGCAGGGCAGCCAUGUAAAUAGGUGCAAAGAGGAGGCUCCUGGGGCUGCUGGAAACACCACCCAGAGGGACCCAGCUCUGCUGAGCCUCCCCUGACACCACAAGGCCCCAAAAUUAAUCUGGGUAUUGGGAGAAAAAUCCCACCCUGGACAUCAAGCAGCUCCCCCCACCAAGUGUGUGUUUUCUCCCCUUUCCCACACUGGACCUGGUUUUCCUUAUCUCAGACCUCAAGGAGAGCUGAGGGUUUUGCAGCCAAGGGAAGUGAAGCCACCAGGUUCUGAGGGAUAAAAUCUGACCUCAAGUGUCCAAAUGGAGGCUUAAAGCCCCAAAACAGGGCUUGGAUGCUCUCCUGCAGUCACCAUCAGCUGCUGCCAGGGUGGGACAGCACAUCCUCAGGCAGCCAGGAUGUCCCCAAACCUCAAACGGUGCCUAAAGGUAACAGAAUCCAACCCAAAGCCAGUUCUCCAUGUGGAGAGCAGGAAGGAAAGGCCAGGGGACCUGGGGACUCAGGAACUGACCAUAGCACACCUGGACACCCAGGGCUCACUCCCAGUUUCCACCCUUGUCAAGCACAGCACCCUCCCAGCACAGCCUGGACACCCCAAACCCCAGGGACACCCUCCAGCCCCUUCCCUGCUCCCACUGCUCCUGGAAGGCCCCCAGCGCCUGACCCCACAGCCCUGUCACAGCCUGGGGGCUCAGAGGGAAAUGAGCUGGCACAGCAGCCUGGAGGCUGGCACAGGAGGGAAGCCCCCAGGCUUGUCCUCCAGGCCUGUCUCUCCAUCCCUGCUGGAGUUUUGUGCUUUCCAUCAGCCCAGGCAAACCAACACCUCACUCCAUCCACAGUCCCAGUGCCCUUCAUGUGCUUCCAGUAAUCCUGACCUGCUGGAACUGGUGCAGCUGGAGAAGCCUCAGCUGGGAGGGCACAGCAGCCCCAUUUUGGGGUCCAGAGGAGCAGCUCCUCCUGCAGCACCCCUGCUUCAGGACAUCUCCAUGAGGACAUCUCCAGGAGGACACCUCCAUGAGGACACCCCCAGGAGGAUACCCCCAGGAUGACACUCCCAGGAGGAUACCCCCAGGAUGACACCCCCAGGAGGACAUCUCCAUGAGGAUACCCUCAGUGGGACAUCUCCAUGAGGACAUCUCCAUGAGGAUACCCUCAGUAGGACAUCUCCAUGGAGGACACCCCCAUGAGGACACCUCCAGGGGGACCCCUCUGCUGCUCCCCCAGAGGGACAGGAUGCCCCCUCAGCACCUGCCUGGCCAGGGGCAGCUCUGGGGCACCAAUCCCCUUCUGACCAGCCCGGACCCAGCCAGGGCCACCCAGCGCCCUGGGGACAGGAGUGGCACCCCCGGGGCAGUGGGGAAGGGGCUGUGGUGCCUUCAGGGAGGCUUUGGAGAGCAGCUGAAAUGCCAAAACAAUCAUCACCGACCGUAGCACCCCACAGAUGUGGCUUGGUCUCGUUUCUGUUUGUCUGUGUGUCCGUGCCCCUCCCGCCCCGCCUCACCCCCUCACAAACCUGUGUUCCUUUUGGGGUUGUUUUAUUUUGGUUUUGUUUUUGUUUGUGGUUUUUUUUUUAUUAUUUCUGUUAAUAUCUUGAACUGUAAAUGUUGUUUAGUUAUGACCAUGGCAGACUGCUUUGGGCAAUGUUUCUUUACAAUGCAUACUAAUAUAUUAUGGUUAUUAUAUAUGAAUAUAUUUAAUGACACGUGAAGAAGUUGUGGAUUUUCUUAUUGUUUUCCAAGUUGUUUCUUUUUUUUCCUUUUUUUUUCCCUUUUGUUUGUUCGUUCGUUAGAUUGGCUGUAAUUGACCUGAAGGAGCUUGUAACUGUUCAGCACCCCCUCCGUAGAACUAAAGUCAGAAACCAGUUGAAUAAACUC